UGCAGGGCGCCGCACGGCCCCAGACGGACCGAGCUGCCGCUGCCGCCGCCGCCGCCCCCCGAGCCCAGCAUGGUAAUGGCCGAGCCCCGGCAGCCCCCCCCGCUGCUGCCCCGCGGGCCCGGGCCCGUCCGCGUCGGGUUCUACGACAUCGAGGGCACGCUGGGGAAGGGCAACUUCGCCGUGGUGAAGCUGGGGCGGCACCGGAUCACGCGCAGCGAGGUGGCAAUAAAAAUAAUUGACAAAUCUCAGCUGGAUGCAGUGAACCUGGAAAAGAUCUAUCGAGAAGUGCAGAUAAUGAAAAUGCUCGACCACCCGCACAUAAUAAAACUCUACCAGGUGAUGGAGACCAAAAGCAUGUUGUACCUUGUGACAGAAUACGCCAAAAACGGAGAAAUUUUCGAUUACCUUGCCAACCACGGCCGUCUGAGUGAGCCGGAGGCCAGGCGCAAAUUCUGGCAAAUCCUCUCUGCGGUGGAAUAUUGUCAUAGCCGAAAGAUUGUGCACCGUGACCUCAAGGCUGAAAAUCUCCUGCUCGACAACAACAUGAACAUCAAAAUAGCAGAUUUUGGGUUUGGAAAUUUCUAUAAAAGUGGUGAGCCUCUCACCACCUGGUGUGGAAGCCCCCCGUAUGCAGCCCCGGAAGUCUUUGAAGGGCAGCAGUAUGAAGGACCCCAGCUGGAUAUCUGGAGCAUGGGUGUAGUUCUUUAUGUUCUAGUCUGUGGAGCGUUACCUUUCGAUGGACCUACACUCCCUAUUCUGAGACAACGGGUUCUGGAAGGAAGGUUCAGGAUCCCCUAUUUCAUGUCAGAAGAGUGUGAGCACCUGAUCAGGAGAAUGCUGGUCCUAGACCCAUCCAAGAGAUUGACAGUUGCUCAGAUUAAGGAGCAUAAAUGGAUGCUAAUAGAAGUUCCUGUGCAGAGACCCAUUCUCUAUCCACAAGGACAGGAGAACGAGCCUUCCAUUGGAGAGUAUAAUGAGCAGGUUUUGCGGCUGAUGCACAGCCUUGGAAUAGACCAACAGAAAACUAUUGAGUCUCUGCAGAACAAGAGUUAUAACCACUUUGCUGCUAUCUAUUACCUGUUAGUGGAGAGACUCAAGUCACAUCGGAGUAGCUUCCCUGUGGAGCAGAGACUUGAUGCUCGUCAGCGUCGGCCAAGCACCAUUGCUGAACAAACAGUCGCCAAGACACAAGCUGCGGUGCCCACAGUGAACCUGCGUUCACAGAAUGUAAGGCUGCUGAGGUCUCCGGGCCUCCCGUCAGCUCCAGAAGCCUUCUCCUUUCCCCCAUCCAGCUGCCACGUAGAGUCAGCAUUCAUGGAAGAAGAAAGAGUCGAUACCCCAAAGGUAAACGGCUGUUUGCUGGAUCCCUUGCCCCCUAUGGUGAUUAGGAAAGGCUGCCAGUCACUGCCUACUAGCAUGAUGGAAACCUCUAUUGAUGAGGGGAUAGAGACAGAAGGCGAAUCAGAAGACGAUCCCGCGCAGGCAUUUGCAGCCCUCCAAGCAACCCGCUGUGGGAAAAGACGUCACACUCUGGCAGAAGUGACCAACCAGCUUGUCAUGAUGCCAGGCAUAGGGAAAGUCUACUCCUUGGAUGAGAAUCCAUCUUUGAGCAGCAUUGACUCAGAAUAUGAUAUGGGAUCUUUUCAGAGGGAUCUUAACUUCCUUGAGGACACUCCUACACUGAAAGAAAUGGUGCUGGCCAACCAGUCAGCACCCAGAAUGACACCCCCUUUUAUAGGCCUGAGACCUGCCAAUCCAGCCAUGCAGGCACUGACCUCCCAGAAACGAGAGGCCCACAACCGCUCCCCCGUCAGUUUCCGAGAAGGGCGCAGGGCAUCUGACACAUCCCUCACACAAGGAAUCGUAGCAUUUAGACAGCACCUUCAGAACCUGGCACGAACCAAAGGAAUCCUGGAGCUGAAUAAAGUCCAGCUGCUAUAUGAACAGAUGGGAUCAGAAGAAGAGCCCAACCUAACAUCAACUGCUCCCCACUUGCAGAAUCUUGUCAACAGCCCCCCUCAGGAGGAAGCUUCUCAGCAGCAGGAGACUGUAUCUGCCUUCCCUAAUGGCGUGCAUCCACAGUUAUUAUCCAGACGGCAGAGCUUAGAAACACAGUACUUGCAACACAGACUGCAGAAACCCAGCCUGCUGUCAAAAGCGCAGAAUACCUGCCAGCUGUACUGCAAAGAACUGCCCCGAAGCCUGGAACAGCAGUUACAAGAGCACAGGCUGCAUCAGAAGAGACUCUUCCUCCAGAAGCAGUCCCAGCUGCAGGCUUAUUUUAACCAGAUGCAAAUAGCCGAAAGCGCAUACCCAAGCUCAAGUCAACUGCCCCUUCCAGGCCAGGAGGAGCAGCAGCAGCCGCCGCCACCGUUCAGCCUGGCACAGCCCUUGAGCCCUGUAAUGGAGCCUUCUUCAGAACAAAUGCAAUAUGACCCUUUCCUUAGCCAGUAUCAGAAACUGCAGCUGGAGUCAUUGCCGCCAUCACAGCUCCACAGCUCCCCUCGGCUGCCAUCGCAGAUUCAUGUGCAGCAGCCACCACCGCCGCCCUUACAAUAUUCCUAUCAGACUUGUGAAUUGCCAGUUGUCCCCUCUUCUGAGCCAGACUACCCAAACCAGUGCCAGUAUUCCAUGAACCCAGCCCCGCAAAGCAAUGUAGCAUCACCAGAUAGCCAGAGGAGCUCAGCAUCUCAUGAGUCUCAGUCCAACUAUGAGGCGUUAGCCCUUUCAGAGUUGCCAGGACUUUUUGAUUGCGAAAUGAUGGAGACUGUUGACCCCCAACAUAGUGGCUAUGUCUUGGUGAAUUAGCCACCCUGCAGUGUUAACUUAAGAAUGGAAGACAGGUGAAGUGAAGGAAAAGCAUGUGAAUUUUCAUUUUUGUUCCAACCCUAAAAUUCAUGGCUUAUUUUCCAACCCUUGACCUACUGGGGGAUGUAAAAGCCACCUGACUGGUACUAGCCGGAGAUGGCUAAAAGCUACAUAGCCAUUAGUUCAUCCUGUCAGUACUAUGCCACAAACCCGGUGGCAGGGGCUGGAGAUGGAUAGUGCAAUUUGGUCAAACAAAGAACCAGUUUGCAGAGAAGGAGAUUACAGAUGUAGUUUUGAGAGAAAGAAAAGGGGCCCUUCCAAAAACUGGAUACUCUGCUGGCAUCCAUCCAGUACCAGAUGAAACCUGUUAAAGAUCUGCAAAAGAAAGGAGAAUGAAUGAGUGACGCAUUGUACUUCUUGGCAAUAAAAGCAAUAUAUUUUUCA